GAUUCCGAAUAAAAACAAAACUUUGUCAAACCCCUGCACUUGUUUCUCACAAUUCACCAUGAAAUCCACCACCAAACUGACUCACAACACCGACAAAAACUCAUCCCAAUGGUUUUAAAUCUAGAUACCAGAAGCAAACCUAUUGCGUGUCUGGAAACGCGGCGCUAUCCUCGUAAAGGAACAAGAGUGGAUAAUAUCGAGCUUUACUUGCAUUUGUUUCGCGUGUAGUCACUAUUGUCCUCGUUCUGUGUCUUGUCGUUCCUUCAUUUUAUUUUUUUUUCACGUAAAGUGGGGGAAGUGAAAUGUUCAGUUGAACUGGAGUGAACUUUAUCGUCAGUGGAAAAGUUGAGACCGAAGUUAACAGCCCUUCCACUUCAGGUGAUUGAGCUGAGGAAUGGAGAAUUUUCUUGAUGGACCAUUUGUCUUCAGGCUUAAUGACAGUGGAACUGCUCCCCAUCUUCUGGUCCAGGUGUGUACAGAACGUGGCUGGAGAGAAUACGUUGGUGAUACGAGCAAUGCCUUCAAGGAUCGUUGGAAUUUAUGGUGGAAAUCCGGGGGAUUUCCCACAUCACACUACAAGAGUCUAUUACCCUGGCAAUUUAUAAACAGAAUACCAAAGGGCAGUUCGAUAUGCAAGAAGGAUAAUCUCGUGAGACAUUUGAAGUGUAUGCGCCAGGUUUAUGGAUCCAUUUAUGACAUCAGUCCACCAGGAUACAAUCUGCCAUCGGAGUACACGAAAUUGGCAGCUGAUUGCAGUCGAUGCGAAAAGGACGACAGAGUUUGGAUUUGCAAACCUGUGGGACAAAGUCAAGGACGUGGAAUUUUCCUCUUCAGGAGAUUGAGUGACUUGAGUUACGACAGUGCAGCAGUCGUGCAGAGAUAUAUUGAAAAACCUCUGCUAAUUGGAGGAUACAAAUUCGACUUGCGACUGUACGUCUGUGUUCCUUCAUACCGACCACUAACGAUUUAUCUCUACAAGGAGGGACUGGCAAGAUUUGCCACUGAGAAGUUCUCCCUCGAGAACCUGGACGAUCCAUUUCGCCACUUGACUAAUUUCGCGCUCAAUAAAUUGGGCCCUGGCUAUUCGCAGAAAAAGGAAAGAGUCGGUGCAGGUUCUAAAUGGAGUUUUCGACAAUUAAGAAGAUACAUGGAUCAGUCAGGCUUCAACGACUGGUUCCUCUGGCAGAGAAUAGCUGCCCUGAUUUCUCUGACUGUUUUAAGUCAAACUGCCGGCAUUCCGAAGUCCUCAAAUUGCUUCGAGUUCUUUGGUUUUGAUGUUCUAAUCGAUGCCAACUUGAAGCCAUGGCUUCUCGAAGUCAAUGUGAGUCCAGCACUGGGUAAUGACUGCGAGGUAGACUCUGAAGUGAAGAAGCCACUUCUUCAUGAUCUUUUUGAUCUACUUGGUCUGCCUGUGUGCAAUACUGGACUCUCUCUGUUCAAAAUUUGGUCUGCCUCGAGCCCAAUUGUGGGCACCUGCGAUGACGAUUUCUGUGCUUCCAAGUAUUAUCAACCACGGUGUUCCAAACGUCGAUGCAGGCUCGAUGAAUCUGUUGGUUUUGUCAAGGCACGUCCAGAUAGUGCAAAUAUGUUCCGACGUACAGCAACGGAAGAGAAUUUUUCACGCUACAAUCCACUCUGUGUGGAAAAAAAUAUGCAGAAAGGUUUCAAAGGUUCGAAUAGAGCAGAACAUUCGGGUGGUCUUAUCUGGGACAACGGUCGAGACUGGGGAAAUCCUAAAACUCGAGAGGGCGGAUGGAUAAGGAUUUAUCCAUUUAUGAAUCCUAAAUCCCUGGAAAAUCUGGAUUUUCCGAGUAGAUCGAGUCCAGGUGAGGCUAGGCCUGUCGAGAAGGAGAUUAAAACGAGUGUCCUCUGCAUUCAAAAAUUUAUUAAAGUAGCUAAAGAUAUUCAACGAGAAUUUGGUAAAGAGGGUGACGUUCGGUGCAAUGAACUCUUGAGAAGGGAAUUAGAUCUGACAACUGAAGUCUGGCUCCCUGAGAAAUGACCUCACCUGUACAUAAGUACCUCUAGGUGUUCAACUUGAUCUCUUCUCCAUUUUUUCAAUCAAACAAUUGUAUAUAAUAUUGACUUUCGAUCUACUCCACUUCACAUUUUAUUGAAAUCAUUUCCACAAUGAAUAAAUUCGAUUCUUUUACCUUAAAACAUACAUAUAUUGUUGCU